UGACAAUCGACGCAACUUUUCAAAACGCAUGCAUACAGGAAGUUUUUCUUGAAUAAAAAUUAUAUUGAUUUUUUUCUAGAAAGCAUAUAUGAAUAAAAAUCAGAUAACAGAACGCGACUGAGCGAACACGACCUCUCUUUCACGUUUGUAUUGUAAUUCUAUAAAUUUUUAAUCUGAAUUUAUUUAAAUAAUAUUAAAUAUUUAUUGAAACAUUGCUUAUGAAUUCUUAGUUCUGCUAAACUAACUCUGUUUAUAUACUUAAAUGUCAAAAGUAAUAAAUAUCAGGAAGGAACGAACGUACGAUGACAUUUCAAAAUCGAGACUUAUUGAAAAAAAACUCUUUUUUUUUUGUUUAAUACUAUUUAUCUACUUUCGGAAAAUUGUUCAACUUUUUCUUAAGUAAAAAAAAAAAAUCAAAAUUUAAGUAAAAAAUCGCUGCAGAUGGAAUCUUGAAUACUGAUCAUUCAUAUUCCAUCACUUUGUCGAUUUUUAAUAAUUAUUUAUUCAGUAGAGUUUUUGCGAAAACAAAAUAAUCCUAUUCGAAAAGAACAUUUUAUUAUAACACAAUGGGCAAGCACACCUUAAUCGGCGGCGGUACCGGAUUUAUUGGUUCGCAUCUCGCCAAACAUUUAUUAGAGCGGGACUAUCAAGUGACAAAAGUCUCUCGUCUGCCUGGUCGCAAGAGUAUUACGUGGCAUAAGUUGCAAAAAGAUGGCUUACCGUCAGGUGUUACGUCUGUAGUAAAUUUGGCCGGAGAAAAUGUUUUAAACCCAUUGCAUCCUUGGACCGAGGGUUUUAAACAAAAUGUAUGGAAUUCUCGGAUCAAUUCAAGUGCCCAUAUGGUCAAGGCCAUACAAAAAUCUCAUGAUGUGGAAGUGUAUAUCAAUAUUAUCGGCGUUAGUCAUUAUAAGCCGAAUGAGUUGAAAAUUUACUCUGAACAGGACAGAGUUGAAGGUUAUGAUUUUUUGUCAAAUUUAUGCUUAGAAUGGGAGAAGGCAGCCACUCUACCCGAGGAUACUGCUAGAAACACUAGAACGAUUAAAUUGCGAACAGGUUUAGUAAUAGGUCGAGAAGGUGGCUUGAUUCGAGCCAUAUGGCGGCCGUUCAUGAUGGGACUUGGCGGUCGAUUGGGUAGCGGUAAACAAAUCCUCCCUUGGAUUCAUUUGGAAGAUCUAUGUGGUCUAAUACAAUAUUGCAUAGAAAAUAAAAAGAUUGAAGGACCUGUUAAUGCUGUUGCACCCGAAAUUAUAACAAAUGAAGAAUUUUCAAAAACGUUCGCGUCCGCAUUUAAUCGACCAUGUGUUUUUACGAUGGGAGAAACAAUGAUCAAAUUCUUAUAUGGCGAUGAGCGGUCACCUUUAUUAUUAAACGGAGCUAAAAUUCACCCUGACAAAGCUUCAAGUAGCGGCUUUCGAUUUCAAUAUCCCACUGUUAAGGCGGCUUGCAUGGAAAUGGUAGGGAAAGAAUAGUUUUGUCUUUGUUUUCGUUUUUCUUUCUUUUUUUUAUGUUUAGCUGACUUGAUGACAGCACACGCACUUUAUAUUGACAGUCAAAUAGUUAUAAAAUUUUCGUAUUAAGCUUUCCCAGUAUUAUCGACAAUCCCGCAAAUGAUGAUAGAUUUGGUUAAAA